GAGAGCUUUGACAUGAUCCAUCCCGAGUGUCCCCCCUCUCUCUCUCUCUCUCUCUCAUGUCUGUUCCCCUGCCUCUCGGUUCUGUUACUGUCCCUCUCUGGAUUCGACCCCUCCCCAAAACAGGGUUUCGAGAUUCCCUUUCCUAGGCGCCCCCAAAAUUAGACACUAACAUAAUUCUCUUUCCUUUUGGCUGUCGGUUUUUCGGUGAAACCUCGCCCCUCGUCCUCCCCCACCCCAACCUCCAUUAUUGAGGUUGAAGAAGAUCGGUGGAAGAACCCCGAGCAAGGCACCGGGCGGCCCCCUUUUUCCAAAGAUCCUUUUCCCAUUUUCCCCUGAUAAACUCAGCAGUCCCUCGAUCGAUCCAUCCAUCCAUCGGUCCAUCCAUCUCCCCACGAAAGAUCGGAUUUUUUCUUUGGGAAUCAGCUUGCCGGCUCGACCCAUCACGCCGUUCCGUUUGAUGCUUCCCGAGGGCAGCGUUCCUGGAUCGCCCCCCCCGCCCUCCCAAACCCUAAUCCUCCGGUUUCCAGCCUCCGAAUCGAGGGACUCUCCUUUCCUUUCCCUUCCUUUCCGAAUUGGAGGCCGGGAACGCGGAGCUUCGGCGUCCGGAGGAAGAGGGUCGAUCGAUUCCGCGCGAUCGCCCCUGAAUCUCGUCUCGUUCGAGGAGAAAGGUGAGAUUCUUGCGUUCCGGGCUUCGAGAGCUGAACGGGGGAGAAGAUCGAUGAAGUGGGGGCAUUCUCGAAGCCAUACGCGAGCGCGCGGCGUGAGACGGGCGAGCAGGAAUCUGCAUUUGCAUUGAGGAUCUCCCCCUAAAGCUGUUGGCUUUCAGUCGUUUGUGCUGGUGUUUGUCCCAUGGAGUCGUUGUUGUCAGCUCGUUUUGUUCUGAUUCUGGGGUUUGUGUUUGCAAUCUGGGCCAUUGUGGUUGAGUCUCAAUCGCCAAAUGCACCUCCGCCUGCUGUGAUCCCUCCCACACCUCCUCCUCCUCCUCCUCCUCCCCCCCCGCCUCCUUCUCCUCCGCCGCCGUCUCCAUCCCCGUCGCCGCCAUCGUCGCCGUCGCCGCCGCCGCCGCCGCCGCCGCCGCCGUCUCCAUCAACUCCUCCUCCCCCUCCAUCGCCUUCGCCACCGCAGGCUCUGCCGCCGCCCCGCCAUUCAGGAAAUAACGACGCCGCAGAGAAAUCGGAUCCGCAUCGGAGGCAUAAUAACAGAAGCGGGAGGCCCCCGCCACCGCGUGAAGACAAGAUCAAUUCAGGCAAGAAGCUGGGGUUGUUAUUUAUUGGCAUAGCUUCGAUAUUGCAGAUUUUCGUCGCUGGGUUUUUGGUAUUUAAGAGACGGCAGCUGAUGAAAACCAAGGAUAGAUAUGAAACGUUUCCAUGAGAGUUCGACGUUGGUUCAAUUGAAGAACAAUGAUGGAGAUGUGUGGCUCAUUGAUGAGAUUCGUUGGAGGACUAACAGGAGGAGUUCAUUUUGUGAAUGGCCAGAGGAACCAUUGAGACGAGAGCUUGUGGAUAGAUAGCAACUGCAGAUUGACUGUAGCAUACAUCCAGCAUCGGAGUCCUUGAAUUUUUUUCUUUAUUCCUUGUAUCUGUAAUUGGUGAUUGCCGCUUUCUUAUGCUUUGUCUCGAUAUCUUCAUUCUUCACAUAUGAUCUUCUACCAUUUUCUCCUUGCAUGCAUUAUGUUGUGGCAGAGAGGUGAAGAUUUGUUGCUAGCCCUGGUAGUCAAUGCUUGACUCUGAAUACCAUCAGAGCCGGUAUCAUUUACACGGGAAAGCUAGAAAAUUUAUGGAUAGGAUGAGAAUUUUGUUGGGCUACAGAGGUAAAGAGAAAUAACAUCACAUUGCCAUUCCCAAUGAUGUUAUUGCUAUCUAUUGACGCUAAUGGAGCUGUUUCUUCUCAUUU